CCCUGUUCUCUGAAUCUUGGGACAAUCUGCAUGCACUCAACUUCAGCAUAGAUCUGUUCCAGCACGGUAGAGUAAAGAGCACAGACAGAUAGAAAAAAAGGUUCAAAUGAAGGGAGAAAAAUUCAGAUAGACAACAAAAGCAGUUCAAGGGGGAAAGCCACAGCUGACAGAAACUUUAGAGGGCAGGGAGAUAAAAGUGUGGAGAAAGCCAGGGUGAGAGUAGUGCAAUAUAUUGACUUUUAAAAAAGGAUGGCCUCCAUGAUGAGCAGUGCUGCUGGUUUUCUCUUCAUCUCCCUGUUGGCUUUGCUCUUUGGAGUCUUCUCAGUCCUUGGACAGGACCUGAGAGAGAGGGAUGCACUAUGCACUGCAGAUGGCUGCUUUACGGUCUACUUCCAACGCAAGACAUUCUUGGACUCAUGGAGGGCCUGUAAAGAGAAAGGUGGUAACCUCGCUACCAUCAAACGCAAGGACGAUGCAACCAUUAUUGCUAGUCUUUUUUCCACUAUCGACUUGCGCCACUCACGUACCAAGGUCCGGGUAUGGAUUGGUCUGCAGCGCCAGCCUCGCCAGUGUACCAGCACACACCCAUUGCGGGGUUUUUCUUGGACUACUGGUGACCAGGACACAGAGUAUGUAAACUGGCAAGGAGAGGACUCACCCAGAAUUUGCUCUGUGCCACGCUGUGUAGUUAUGGGCUACAGCACUCAAGAACAGAAUGAUAACUUUAAAUGGGUGGAUGGUGCCUGCUCAAUCCCUGUAGAUGGGUAUCUCUGUCAUUAUGCCUACAAAGGAAUGUGUACUGCCUUGUUGAGUGAAGGAGCAGGCAAUGCCCUCUACACCACACCAUUUAACCUUCUUAGCACAGUGCUAACUCAUGUCCCCUUCGGAUCUGUCGCUACUGUGCCCUGCCCCACAGACGACAAGGAGGAACAGUCCGCUUUGUGUAUGAUUAAGGAAGAUGGCUCAGUGGGGUGGUCAAGAGAUUCUCCUCUCUGCUCUGAUUCUCCAGUAUCACACAACUGGUGUGACCAAGAUAAUGGUGGGUGUGAGCAUUUCUGCAGGCCAGCCGGUGUUCACUUCUACUGUGAAUGUGUUGAUGGAUAUCAACUAGGAGUAAAUAGGAAGAACUGUGAGGUCUCUGAUGUAUGUCAAGGGGCCACCUGUGAGUUUGAGUGUCUGCCCCUUUCAGAUGGGUACCGUUGUGCCUGCCCUGAAGGAUACAUGCUUGCACCAGAUGAGCGUGGCUGUCUGGAUGUAGAUGAGUGCCUUCAGAGUCCUUGUGAGCAGCUCUGUGUGAAUGCCCCUGGCACAUUUGAAUGUAGAUGUCGGGAGGGUUACCAUUCAGAUGAUUCUGGUGGGUGUGAGGACAUUGAUGAGUGUGUAAAUGACCCAUGUGAACAUGCUUGUGAAAACACUCCAGGAUCUCAUAUCUGCCACUGCCAUCUGGGUUUUUCCCCAGUGCCUGAGGACCCCAGCCAAUGCCAAGACACUGAUGAAUGCCAGAUCCCUGGGACCUGUGAGCAGAUGUGUGUGAAUUAUGAGGGUGGAUUUGAAUGUUAUUGUGAAGAAGGGUACGAACUCAUGUCUGAUCACUACUCAUGUCACAAGAGUAGGGAGGGAGUUGACCAAUCUGCUGUCACCCCCUCCUUUCCUUGGGUCACCCGCCGGCCUGGACCCAUAUGGCAACCAGUAGACUAUGCCUGGAACCCACAGCACACUGACUGGCCUCCAGAGGGGGAGCAAUCUCUGGACUGGCUGACUGACCCACCCAGAGUCUUGGAUUCUGAUGUAAUUUGGGUCACCAGUGCCCCUCAGAGUGAAAUGCCCUUUGAUUUACCAUCAGACUCUCCGGCACAGGAGGCUCAUAUAGAUGAAAAUUUAAAAGAUCAAUCAACUGACUGGUUGGAGUGGUCUCAGUCUGAGCUGGAGGUUUUUUCCACAACCCUCUACACCACGCCUCCACCCUCCACAAAAACCAGCAUAACCCCAAAUUGGUACAAAAAUGACGAGGAGGAGACCACCACAGCUCUCCCACUCCUUUCCACUUCUACAAUCUCUGAGGGAGCUUGGAAUUGGUGGAGGGGGCUCUCUACUUCCACUCAGAAACCAGGAAAUCCAGAGGAUUCGGUCAUUGACCACAACAUGUCUACAGAUUCUAUUUACCACAGCAAGGAAGAGGAAGAACAGUUCCCCCUUAACGACAACUCAAAGUUCCCAGGGGGGGAGUUGGGGGAGGAGGAAAAGGCCUAUGUGGAGAGCAGGCAUUCCCAAAACUCAGCUGUCUCCACCCAUUUUAUUCCAUCCCAGCCACCCACAAGUGAGGGGGGAGAGAGUGGUGACAGUCUGGAUUCUGUCUCAGAUGAUAAGGGGCAGAAGCAGAGCAGCACUUGGCUCCUGGUAGGCCUUAUAGUUCCCAUCUGCAUUUUCAUUGUGGUGAUGGUGGCACUGGGCAUAGUGUAUUGCACCCGCUGUGCUGUUCAGCCACGCAACAAAAAUGCCACUGACUGCUACCACUGGAUCUCUGGGGCUCAUGACAAACAGGGAGCUCCUAACCCCUCAGCAGGGGUCAUGACCCAUGUUUAAGCAGAACGGAGAGAAACUGACAAAUAAAAAGACUUUGCUUCAGAGUUAAGCAGGAGUGACUAAUGGACAUGGUAAGAGACAAGCUAAAUGUUUUACUCUCUCUAACAUCCUACUCUUUGAACCAGUUGGAUAUUACUGCUAAACAUGAAUUGAGUAGGGGAAUGGGACACUGAAAACCACUGACCUUUUAAGGGAUGGGUUUGCUAUGUCAUACAAUCUGUUUUGACUGCUUUGUAUGUUUCAUACACUGACCACACAGCACAAGAUCUGAUUGCUUCAUUGUUGCACUGGGGUACAUUAUUGUAAAAUAUUACCAUUUGAAUUAGUAAAGUCACAAAAAUCUGUUUGUAGUCAUUUAUUCAUUUCCACAUUUCACAGCCAAAGCCAAAUCCUGCAAAGAUCCUUGGAAUCAUAUACUGAUGACAAAAGCAUUCUGCCCCUAUGGUGCAGCAAAAAUUAACUAUGAAAUUUCUUACAAGCAAAAUCCUCAGGCUCAGUUAAUUUCAAUAGCAUAUCACUGUAGAUAACUGUCACUGUCAUCUGUGUCAAAGGGAUUUAGAUGCUUACAUCAAUAGUGGGUGAAAGUGGACUGUAAGCAGAUAUCCCUUCAAGAGAAAUAACAUUCUGUAGUCCCAUGAUAAUGCUGGGAAAGCAAUCAUUUAAAAUUCACUGUGGUGGAGUUGAAUGGUUGAUAAGAGACCAAAACUGUUUUUGUAUAAAGAGGUUCUUUUGUAUUUGUGUUUGUUUCUGUUUAAGCCAUUUAAAAUGUUAAAAGACUUACCUUUUUCGGAAUGUCUGUUGGCACCUGGGAGUACCCCUCCCCCUCCUCAGUUUAAGAGCACUUCUCCUUUCCUUGACAAUUUUUGAAAAGAGGUCGAAGCACAGAUGUUCCUAUGGCACAGGGAAUGUUGGUAAAGGCUGAUGGUUGACAUUAGCCUUGACCUUGUUCAUGAAAUGGCCAUUAGUCAGCCGUGAAACACCUAAUUCUUUAGCACACUCCAGAGGGUUUUGUCUAAGUACAAUACUGGAUCACAUCCAGGUGUGUAAGACUACAACAAUUGGGGCGCCUUUCAGUUGCUGGUAUAACUUCAUAUAUUUAACAACUCAUGAGAGACAAGAUCUCAGAUCCUAGAAUACAAAAUACAAAAUAACACAGGGUUGGAAAAGUGCUCAUUGAACAUGAGGAUGUAUGAAUUUCAUAGAUCAAAUAAAAAAACAAAUACAUAUUGUGAAGCACUUAAAUGUUAAAACAACUUUAAUUCAAGUAAUAGAACUAUUUAAUGGCUGUUUUUUUUGUUUGUUUUUUUUAAAUGAGAAUUAAAAGUAUGACCUGGGUUAAAUGUGAAAGUUUAGUAAUGACCUCUGAAACAGCAGUUUGACAAAGCAAUUUCUUAACUUGCGGUUCACUUACUAACAAUAUUGUAACUUUUAAUGGCAUCUUACAGUCUUAAGUGACCUGAAUAGGGAUCUGCCGUCUGUUAAGUGAGAACAUGGAAUGGCUGAAAAGCUCCAGACAAAGCUGAUGAGUGGCCCUCAAGUCUUUUUUGGUCAGUUAUGAGGUUUAUGGAUAACAUAACCACUCUGAACUUUAAAAGUAUCCAGCAUUACAGCAUAGUUACAUUCUUCGCAUUGAUCUUUCUAAAGACUCAGCAGUGAUUAUAGAAGCCACAAGGUAGUUUGGGUCAUCUCCUCAGUGUUGUGGGGGAAUGAAUGUGGAUGGAGGGAGGGUUGGGUGUGUGAAAACAAGGAUAUUGUAAUAUAAAAAAGACAAUGAUUCCCCAAGGGCUCUCUGUUUGUAAAAGUGUUUUUUAUGGAAAAUACAACAAGAUACUUGAGCCCAGUCCCUGCUGGCAGUAAGACAGCAUUGUGAAUAAUGGAAUGUACUGAUCAAGAUCAGAUUUUGGCUCUGCAAGUGGCUCUCAGAGUGGGUCUCUCUCUCUCUCUCUCUCUCUCUCUCUCUCUCUCUCUCUCUCUCUCUCUCUCUCACUCACUCUCUCUCUCUCUCUGUCUGUCUCUUUCUUGCCCCUCUGACCUAUUUACAACACAGUCAUCCCAUUUACAGCUCUCUGUAUACAGACACAAUCUCGUCGCCAGUGAAUUGAGUCAUGCGUCUAUCUUUGCUAGGUAACAAUUACAACACAAUCUGUCCACAGAACUAUACUGUAGAAAGACAGACAGACAGUACCAGCUGCACCAGAGAGGGUGAGAAUGAUGGUAACUGGGUUACAUUGAUCUGCACUCAGAACAACAUAUAGACCAAUGGCCCUUUUUCUACUAAUGACACUGUUGUGGCUGGUAGUGUUUUCACAAUAAGCCCCAAAGACUACUAACUGUUUUUGGUAUGGUAUUUUCCCAAUCAAAAAUAGUUGCAUUUGAACAAAAAUAACCCCAGAAGGCCUUUCUGUAAAUAUGGCCUAAGCAAAAGAAAGGUGUAUCAUUCUCAGAUAUAUUUGACCACACAGUCAGUGCACAUAUUCUAGAUGAACACUGGUUGUGUCCUAGAGGUGGAGAGCAGAAUGAAUACAGUAUCCACUACGUGGUUCAAUAUCCUUGGCUCCACCUGAUCUUUAUUUUGAUGCUAAACAUAAACUGGAGUCAUCAGCUGAAGGAAAGUCUAAUAAUUGAAAAUGAACUGUUCUGUUCUGUUAAUCUUCAGCUUCUUCUGACUUCCAAUCAUUGACUCAUUCAUGUGGAAUAAAGGCAAAACUUCUAAUA